CAAACCACACCCACAGUAUUAAAUCCAUCUGAUGUAAAUGGGAGGAACGUCGUUAGCUCCUCUUAAAGGAGCUUAGAGCUCGAUUCGCGAAAUAGUUUACGUACUUUUAUCUACGUAGCUGACAUUCAAAGCCUCGGACGCUACUUCACAAAUCACUCUCGGGGCCCGAUGGAGUCGCUGCAAUCAGCUGUGCAUCAUAUCUUGUUAUGAUAAACAAGUAAUGAACGGCUAAACACACAAUUAAACAUGGAAGGAAUGCUACAUAAAUGGACCAAUUACAUAAGUGGCUGGCAACCUCGUUGGUUUGUACUCGAUGGGGGAACCUUGUUUUACUAUGACUCUCAAGAAGAUGCCUUGAAAGGUUGCAAGGGCAGCAUUAAAAUUUCAGUUUGUGAAAUCCAAGUGAAUCCCUCGGACUCUACACGAGUUGACCUGACUAUACCAGGAGAGCAGUACUUUUAUCUCAGAGCCAUCAAUGCAGCAGAGAGGCAGAAGUGGCUGGUGGCAUUGGGAACAGCCAAAGCUUGCCUUACAGAUAACCGAACAAAGAGAGAAAAAGAGCUCCAGGAGAAUACAGAUGCACUGAAAACUAAGAUGUCAGAACUCAGAUUGUACUGUGACCUUCUUCUACAACAAGUAAACAAGAUCAAGGAGAAUGAUGAGCUAGGAGACACAGCGGAGACAGAAAUAGACACUGGGAACAUGGUGAAGUCUACAUGCACAACUUUCCUUAAGACUCUUGAGGAAUGUAUGCAUAUAGCAAACCGUACGUUCAGUACAGAUAUGCGAACACACAGUCCACCAGGAUCUCCUCCAGUAGCAGCCAUCAAACCUCAGAAGAUCAAACCUGUCAAUCAUUUAAAUCUUGGAGAAAAAUGGAGAGAUUUGUCUGAAACUUCAGGAGAAGCAGUACCACAGGACAACCAGAGCCUUGACUCUGGCGCAGAGGGACCAGCAGAGCCAGUCGGACCAGGACAACAUUCUUCCCCUUCAGACAUUGAUGCUGCCAACGGCAACAGCUCAGUCCAAGAGCAGGGAGUUAAUCCUGCUUUACACACUACCCAGAAUGCCCCUGAGAUUGAACACUACGACCAACCAGCAGAAGAAAAUGAAUCUGACGAACAAGAGGAGACGAAACAAGAGCAGAAGCACAAAGUGGACCAAAUUCAAGAAGAGCAGGACAACAACAACAAGGAAGUGGAUGCCGUCCAGCCUCAGCACCAACAGGAAGUAGUUCCAGACCAAGAAGAGGCACAAAGUGAAGGCGAGACCCCGAGAGAUUUAGCAGAGCCAGAAGACACAGAGCAGGUGGAAACUUUCUUCAGCACAAUGAGUCACAGAUUUAGUGAUAUAAGACUGGACGACGACAAUGGUAUCCCUACACAAGAGUUUUUGGACUCAUGCUAUGCAAUAGUACCUGUAUUAGACAAGCUGGGAUCCACUGUGUUUGCACCAGUUAAAAUGGAUUUUGUUGGAAACAUCAAGAAAAUCAACCAGAAGCUGAUUUCAGCCCCAGGCAGCUUCCCCACUCUCCAGUCCAUCGUGCUGCAUGAAGUUCAGACAGACAACGCCCGGGUCCGCAACUCGGCCACAGAGGCUCUGCUGUGGCUCCGACGAGGCCUGAAGUUCCUCAAAGAGUUCCUGUCAGAGCUCAACGCAGGAACCAAAGACAUCCCGGGAGCGCUAAACAACGCCUAUGGAAAGACUCUCCGGCAGUACCACGGAUGGGUCGUGCGAGGCGUUUUUGCUUUGGCGCUGAGAGCUGCACCGUCUUAUCAAAGUUUUGCCGCGGCCUUGGUGUCAACAGAGGGCGAUGAGCUGAAAAGCAGCUUCACCAGCGGCGUUUGCAGAGACCUGGGAGUGUACCUGCCAGCCAUGGAGAAUCAGCUGACCAUCCUAGAUGCCCUGUAUGAACAAUACAACCUGGAGUCUGAUGAAGUGGUGUGAAGCCUGAAGAGAGCAUGAAGGAAGGUGCCGGAUCUUGUGCAUUUUGUGUACAAAGUAGUGUGAGCAUGUCUCGUGUCAGGGUGCGGUGUUUUCAGUGGUUGUUAACCUUUACAACAGUCGAGGGUCUUAAAGAAGGUAUUAAUGUCUGUAUUUGGUGACACGCGUUAACCUUACGACAUUAUGGUUUGUCAAAAUGUAGUUUCUGGGUCUUGUUUCAAAGACCAUUAACAGAGUAGGGGUUUACACCCUAUUAUGCAGAAUCCAAGCAUAAUAUUUCACUGACAUUUGUUUCUGGUGCACACUUUGUGGCAGUAUUGUGGCUUUUUAUGUACAGGUACAUAACCACAAGGUAUUUUUGCUCUAAUAAAUGUCCUGUCUUUCCAAAUGUCAUUAUGUAAAGACAUUUUUUAAUUAAUCAAAUUCAAAUCCUCCGAUUUAUAAAACAGAGGAAUAUUUGCAACUAACAGAGAGCAGUAUUUGACUAAAACAAUGUGUGAUUGUCCCAAUAUGCCGAGUAUGUGAUGUAAAAACAUAGUUACUGCACUGAUAUUGAAGUUUAGACAUUAUGAUGUAUUUUGAUUUUCCUUUCCCUGAAUUAUGUUCUAGUAUAAAUCCUGCAGUUUGACAAUGUAUCAUUUUAUAAUGCUAAAAUUGAGAGAGUUUCCGUGGGACCAAAAGGAGCUGUCAUGGGAAUGGCUUAUCCUCUGCUGCCUAUAGUACCACAACACACCAUAACUUAAUAAUAGCUGAUACAGUACUGACAACUGCUGAAUACCUUUGUGGACAUCCUCUGCACAAACUUAUGCCUAGAAUGCGUUUUCACAAUGUCUAUUUAUUACGUCUUAAGUUAUGAAGCUCACAUGUCAUGGGGAUCAUUGCAGCUCAGCUCUUGUGUGAAUGUAAGGGUUUGUUUCCAUAGAGCAUGUUUAUUGAUUGCAUGUUUUUAUGUAUUAUGAAAUAUAGUUGCCAGUGGAAACUUAUGAUAGGCCUAAGCCAAGUUAAAGCAUAAUCCUAAAGGGAUGGCAAGUUAUAAACAUUGCUUCUCUUUUAUCUCUGUACUAAUAAUGAACAGCAACAUUCAGCUAGUCAUCUCAGCCAUGUUCUGCAUAUACUUGAGUGUUGUUACCAGCUUUACUUAAUAUUUGUAUUUAAUAUUUGUUAUGAUGUCGAUUCAACAAUGCAAAUCUGAAUGGUAUAAUUCCUCCUUUUGGCCAGGUAAAAUGUGUCUAAAUGGCUGUGACUCUGAACAUUUUAGACAAAACUGGAACAUCCUCAUAGGGCUUUUUUUUAAUGAAGACAUACCACAUAGUAUUUUUUAAUCUUAUUCUGUCAGUUGUUUCUUUUGUUGGGAAUGGAUGCAGUAAUUAUUUAUAUAAUUAGGCAUUUUCUCCAAGUUUACAUCCCAGUUGUGCGAUGGGUUGACUUCCUGUUGCAGAUAAAUUCCAAUGAACAUGUAAUAUUGCAAACAUUUAAUUUGUUUUGUUUUUUACUACUGUAUAUAAGAUGCUAAUUGAUUUUCACAUAAAUAAUGAGGCUGUUUUAA